GUUGUUUAAAUUCAUACAUGUGAACUUAGUCGCGUAGUCUUAAUACGGAUCAGCCACAUGGAUUCUUUCGAUGCUUAUGGUCCGAAUUCGCAAGCCUUAACGUUCUUCGACCCUGAAGAGAAUGAUUUAAUUGGAGGAGAUACACAGGGGCCUGACUAUGAUUGUUCUGAUUUCACUCUGCCUUCACAGUCUCAAACACAAGCAUCCCAGCUUGACCCUGAUAAAAAUUGCUUUUCUCAACAGCAUGAUGGGAACAAUACCAUUGAUGUACUGUCUCAACGUGUUGCUGACUUGGAUUUCAAAGACGAAGACCAAGAUGACUCUAGUGUCGAUUUACCAGAGCACGCAUGUGCUUAUUGUGGUAUUCAUGACCCUGCUUGUGUAGUUUUUUGUAACACCACAAAAAAGUGGUUUUGCAAUGGCCGAGGUAACACUUCAGGGAGUCAUAUCAUUAAUCAUCUUGUUAGAGCUCGUGCAAAAGAAGUAACUUUACACAAAGAUGGACCUUUAAAAGAUACACUUUUGGAAUGCUAUGUAUGUGGGUCUAAAAAUGUAUUCCUUCUUGGUUUUGUGCCGGCGAAGUCUGAGUCUGUCGUCGUACUUCUGUGUCGUAACAUCUGUGCUAAUGCCAACAAAGACAUGUACUGGGAUCCUGCCCAGUGGCAACCGAUAAUUCAAGGACGCCAGUUUCUUGCUUGGCUUGUGAAAGUUCCAAGUGAUGAACAGCAAGCGAAAGCUCGACAGAUAUCCGCUCAACAAAUAAACCGACUGGAAGAAAUAUGGAAAGAAAAUCCUCAGGCGGCAGUGGAGGAUCUAGAAAAACCCGGUGCAGAUAACGAAGUUAAUCCAGUGUUGUUAAGAUAUGAGAAUUCACAGCAGUAUCGAGAUGUAUUCAUACCUUUAGUGGAAUUAGAGGCUGACUACGAUAAAAAGAUCAAAGAAUCACUCAAGUUGGAAAAUGUUUCCGUUCGUUGGGAGACUGCCCUUAACAAACGCCGGGUGGCUUACUUCCGGAUUCCUGGAGCUAAUGAAGGCCCAGAACUACGUAUUAUGCAUGGGGAUGAGCUGAUCAUUCGUCAAUUUAACAGCCCGAACGACUAUUUAGUUGGUGACGGUCAUGUUAUCAAAGUACCUGAUAAUUUCAGUGAUGAAGUCGGUUUGGAAAUGAAGCAAGUGAUUGAUACACCUCUAGAGCCUGUGACGUACAAAAUCGAAUUUAAAUGGAAGUCAACUCCAUUCGAUAGAAUGCGACGAGCGAUCUCUGUAGUCACCGACGAACAACACGGUUUAUUACCACCAUACAUAUUCUAUCGAUUGCUUGGCCAAGAAUUAGAUGAUAUGGUGUUAAAAUGCAACUUACCUAAACGCUAUUCUGCACCAGACUUACCGGAGCUUAAUCACAGCCAAGUUUUUGCCGUCAAAACAGUUCUCCAACGUCCACUUAGUCUAAUACAGGGUCCGCCCGGAACAGGUAAAACUGUGACAUCUGCAUCAAUAGUUUAUCACUUGAACCAAAUACAUCAAAAAAAGGUAUUGGUUGUAGCUCCUAGCAAUACUGCAGUUGACCAGUUGUGCGAAAAGAUUGACCGUACCGGAUUAAAGGUUGUGCGCCUAUGUGCAAGAUCUAGAGAAGCUCUAGCAUCUCCUGUCAGUCGUCUUAUGCUACAUAUACAGGCUCAAAAUGUAAAAGGUCAUACUGAACUCCGAAAGUUACAACAAUUAAAAGAUGAGACUGGUGAACUUAGUCAGGAUGAUGAUAAACGUUAUCGGAUUCUAAAACGGGAACUUGAACGGGAACUCCUUAUGGCAGCUGAUGUGGUUUGCUGCACAUGUGUAACUGCUGGUGAUGCGCGUCUGGAGCGCUUAAGCUUUCAUUCAGUUUUAAUUGACGAGUCUACUCAGGCUACUGAACCAGAGUGUCUAAUACCAUUAAUGGUAGGCUGUCGCCAGGUUGUUCUAGUUGGUGAUCAUUGUCAAUUGGGACCUGUAAUUACGUGUAAAAAAGCUGCUAGCGCCGGACUAACUCAGAGUUUGUUUGAGCGAUUUGUUCUACUGGGUAUUCGACCUAUACGUCUACAGGUCCAGUAUCGUAUGCACCCCGCUCUUUCAGCCUUUCCAAGCAAUGUUUUUUAUGAGGGUAGCUUGCAAAAUGGAGUGACAGCAGAGGAUCGUUGCAAAAAGAUCGAUUUCCCUUGGCCAAAUCCAGACAGGCCUAUGUUUUUCUACUGCACAUCUGGACAGGAAGAAAUAUCCGGUAAUGGUGUAUCAUAUCUAAAUCGAACAGAGGCAGCAACAGUUGAAAAAAUCGUCACAAAGAUGCUGAAAAUAGGUGUUCAUCCGAAUACUAUUGGUGUGAUCACACCUUAUGAGGGACAACGUGCAUACUUAGCGCAUUAUCUUCAUUAUUCUGGUUCCUUAAACGCCAAAUUGUACCAAGAAAUCGAAAUCGCUAGCGUGGAUGCUUUCCAGGGACGAGAGAAGGAUUAUAUCAUCUUGUCAUGUGUCCGAGCAAAUGAAAAUCAAGGUAUUGGUUUUCUCAAUGACCCACGCCGUUUGAAUGUUGCUCUCACCCGUGCUCGUUACGGAUUAAUAGUAGUCGGAAAUCCAAAGGCUUUGUGCAAGGUAAAGCUUUUAUUUUUUUGGAAGUGUAUCAAUAGUAUAUUGAAUUUAUGUUGAUAAUUGGUGUUUUAGACUGGACCAUUCGUUGUCUUAGUGAACAAUAUGUGUGUGUGUAUUCCAGGAUUUAAUUUUUUAAGAAAAUACUCAAAUCCUACAACUGUUGCACAUCAACCUAGAUCACUUAUUUAUUUAAACACAUAAAUAUUGGUACAAUGAAGCACCAGAUAAAUAUGCGCCUCACAAAUCUCAUUCGAUUUGUAUGAGGGAUGUGAUACUGCCCAGGUGCCCAAACUGAAGCAGGUGGUUUUCUUAGGGGGCCACACCCGAAGCCUUUGACCUGAAUGUCUGAUCCUCAAGGCAGUGGAGCAUCGUGAGGAGAUGCAGUCCCAUGGUAGCCGUUGACCAAUGACAGGUUCGUCCGCCAUUCGUUCCAUCAGGAUACUGGAGCCCAUGUGCACCAUUGGUUUGGAAUCAGGGUUUUCCAACUCCCCUAGGUGGAUCCUCCACAUCCACCAACCCGGUUAAAGCGCCGGACAUUCGCUUUUCGUCCUUUCACUUUUGUGAACAACACCGUGGCCACGAGAAGGCAGUGAGUAGGACUUCCCUGGCAGAGGCUAUAUAUUCGCGUGGCCUUAUGAGAGUAUUUCGAGAGGGAGAGGUGACUCUCCCCACUCUCGGCCGUACCAGGGCAUUUGGGGGCACUUGUACAUAACAGUCUGAGAUCGUGCAGGUAGUUUGACGUACAAAGAUGUGAUUCAUUAAACCUUAUAAUUGUGAAAUUCACCGUGUUGUAGAAUUCAUUUUCAAUGAGAAAGUUGACUUCAUAUGAAUCCUUAUCUUUUAUUUUAACAUGAGUAUUUUACUUUCCAGCAACCACUUUGGAACCAGCUGCUACAUUUUUACCGUGAUCAGCAUUUACUCGUGGAGGGACCCUUAAACAAUCUAGGUGAAUACAUGUUACAGUUUCCUAGACCCAAAGUUCCAUACACUUUCAAACCUGGUGGGCAUUAUCUGGCGCAGCUUUCUGCAAAUCCCGCUUUAUUAAAUAGCAGUCAGUUAAAUGGGCAAUUGAAUACGCACCCUGGUAAUCAAUUUAAUUAUCUUUCUCAUGUUUCAAAUUCGUCUCAACCAUGUUUCGAUAACCCUAAUGGACCUACAGCCUUAGUGGCAGCUAUGGCGGCGGCAGCCGCUGCGGCUUACUUUGGAGGAUCUGGUUCAAAUACUCGCCCGAAUGUCUCGACCUUAGGAUUACAUGGGUCCUCAGCACUCAACCAGCCUGGGGCAAGCCAUGCUGCAGCUUAUGCUGUUGCGGCUGCUGCAGCUGCUCAACACCAAUCAAGUCAACCGUAUUCUAGUCAAACAAAUGGUAGUUCUCACAGUAUGCAUCAACUACUAAAUCAAUCAUUAUUUGACCAGGUUGGGUAUAUAGGACCAAAUCGACAAUAUGCGGAAGCCAAUGCCAGUUCAAGUAAGUAAUUCAUUGACUAAUCUAUCAUAUACAUCACCUCAGUUUCCUGUCGAUUGCAAUGAGAGUUCGAGUGAAAUUUUCUCGGCGUUUUGUAAUCAACAAUUUUACUUAUAUGAAGCCAAUGAAUAUGGUACUUUCGAUUUUCAAUUCAACCAGUAAAGUGCAGAUUUUCCUGUGGAGUCCUUUGUAUUCAUAACCGUUUCAUGUGAUUUUCUGGGGUUUAUUGUGUGGAUUUUAGUGGUGAUGGUACUCACGACGCAUUUCUAGAAGCUUGAUAUGAUCAUUAUGACCUGUUCUUUAUAUAGGUUUACACUUACCAAUCUUUAAAUAUUAAAUAGAUGUAGGCUGUUUUAUACCUUUUAUUAGUAAAACACUCAUCCAAUAGUUAUGCUUUUUCUUGGUCUUCAUAUUCUUUGAAAUUCACUUGAUAUUUCACAUUAAUUUUUGAUGAUCAGCUAGCUUACAUUUCAAGUUUUUCACAAAAUGUAGUUUCCUAACGACAGCGUGAUGUAAGUUCGUAUAUCGGAGGUCAUGUAUAAUUAAGGACCUGUCUAUCGUUCAUAUUGUUGGCACUACACAGACGUUAAAGUUUAGAAAACUCACGGAUUGUCGUAAGUGACAUCAAAGUGUUCUUAUAAGAUAGUUCCUGACAAAGUUCGUCACUACCUCAUUCUCCUGUUGGCUUCUUUUUCCCCUCGUUUCAUCUAGAUCUUCCUAUGCCACUCAGCAUGUUAAUGCCUGCUGGUCGAAUAUCGAAUCCUACCAAUGUAGGAAAUCCUUUUGGCUCUUCUGGUCAUUUUGGCAAUGGGAAAUAUGGUACCAACCUUGGGGCAGCUGCGCCACUUGGUAGAUCAAUACAAGCUUUAGGUCCACUAAAUGUGCAUCCCAACUACACUCAAUUGAAUACGGGAAGUACAAGAGCACCUGGAGGUCCUCUUCCUGGAAAUAAUGUGCCCGGUUCUGCAGCUCCUCGAUAUCUUGGAAAUGCACGUCGAAAUUUACAAGCUAGUUCUCAAAAUGCUUCUGUUGGCGCCGCCAAGUCACGUCAAAUUGACGGACCCAGUAGUUUGACCAACGUUUCCGUGGAACGCGGUAAUCCCAAUACUUCCAACUCAGGUGCUGGUCUACUUUCUCAGCCUGGUUUGUCAGAAUUUUCUGGAACUCAAGGGACACCUGGUCUUAGCGGCAUAGGUGUAUUCAGUAGUCAGUCGCGCAAUUCAGGACUUUCCGGGUUAUCUCAGGAGAGCACUUCGUUGGACUUUCGUCUUGGUCAGGGUGCCAGUCAAAUGGACAACUUGCUUCUUUCUCAAGAUUCUACGUUUCAAGGUGCAACUGUACCUGCGAGCAAAGUAAAUUCACAAAGGGGAUCAAAUCUGUUUGCUACGAGAAGCGAAGAUCAUACCAGCAUAAAUUUCGACUCUGGUCUGGUUAAUGGGACCGAUCUAGAAAACAUUGGUGUCUCUCAAAACGCAGUCAGCUGUGCGAGCAGUGGUGCACCGCUCUCGCAGUUUUAGGAAUCUCGUCCGGCUUAACUUUGGGCCGCGUAUCAGUGAUCAUCAACGAACAUGUUUCUCGAGGGUGUCUGUCUACAGACAUCUGCAGCAGCGACGACGGAAUAAAUCGAUUAUUCGGAGUGCAUCACUUGGAAGUACAAAAAAUUAAAAAACCCAACAUGCACUCCGAAGAUUGCACUACUUGUUUUUAACCUACUGAAUAUACAAAUUCGCAUUAAUAUUUGGUUACAAGGUGUUUACUUUCAUUACAUAAACCCUUCAAUAUACAACGCUUUUAUUCUAACCUCCUGGUUGCUUUUCAAUUUCAAAAGAGUAAGAAAGUGAUAAUGUUUGAAACUUCUAUUU